GGAGCCCUAAGUCGGCCAUAUUGCAAGUUAGACUAUAAGAUGUCAUGCGAAUAAGAAUGACCAUCGUUGUAAUUCGUCCACUUUUCUGGUAUCAAUAGCAAAUUGAUCUGUACCUGCUUUCUCGCUCUUUCGAUCCCUCAGGUCCUGGUGACCACCACCCUUCUUUCAGUUCUACGAUCCUAUUCUCGGUCCUGGAGACAGAACUUCGAACAAAGCCAUAUCCUUCGCUUCCACCGAACGUCCGGCGAAUCAAUACUCUCUGUAAACGUACUGUACUCACAGACCGCGUUCUCAAGCUACAUCACUCACACCAUGCUGGCUAUCGUCACCUUUGUGUGUCUCUUAUUGUCCUUCACGAUUUCCGCCGCCCCGACACCCAAGGCUGUGUUUCGUCAAUCGUACUUCAAACGUCAAGGAGACGCAGCAUCUACCGAUCUGACGGUCGUCAAGUUUGCCGCGCUCGCUGAAUCGCUCGAAUCUACGUUUUACGCCCAAGGUCUGGCCAAAUUUGGCGAAUCGGAUUGUCUCAAUGCUGGAAUCAGUAAUGCUCAAGUCUUCCUCGACCAGAUCAAAAUCAUAGCGGAGGACGAAAAGAUCCAUUUGACCACUCUUCAAGCGGUCGCCCAGUCCCUAGGAAGCGAUACGUCCGAUGUGGAUACUUGUCAAUUUGAUUUUUCCGCGGCUUUAGGAUCCGUCAAGACGUUCUUACAGACUGCUAGGGUGUUAGAGUUUAUCGGUGUCGAUGCAUACAUUGGUGGCGCCACGUUGAGUUCGGAUAAAUCCCUCUUGGUCAGCGCAGCGGAGAUUUUGACCGUCGAAGCGAGGCAUAGUUCGCAACUCAACGCGUUCAAUGGAGGAUCAUCCAUUCCAAAUGCUUUCGACAUGGUGCUCUCGCCUCAACAGGUACUCAGCGUCGCGGCGCCGUUCAUUUCGGGAGGUUGUGAUCCAAUGGCAGCGCUGGGCCUGCAGCCUACUCCCGCGUUGAGCUUGACCAACGCUGAGGCCAUUGGAACAGGAACAUCGUUGACGUUUGGAGGUGCAGGCCUUGAGGGGCAGGAUCAAUCCACACUGUUCUGCAACAUGAUUGUUGGCGGUGCAUCAGAGGCUCUCGUGUUUCCUAUUCCUUCCUGCGUCGUCCCAGACGGUCUUGACGGUCCAGUACACAUCUUCGUGACAAACUCCGAGACCCCGCUCAGCGCCAAUAUCGUCGGACAAGAUGCCGGUAUCAUUGUUGCGGGUCCCGUCGUGACGUUUAUCGACGCUGUGAGCAGCUCCGAAGCCGAACUACUUCUGGGUCAAGUAUCCGCCGCUUCUGGCCACAUCGCGUCGCCGAAGGUGAUAGAAAAGAUCAUCGUGAUUAGCGGAGGGGUUGGUACUACGUGAGGAUGGACCGAAACUUGUAAUGUGCCUCCGGAACACCUCGUCUCGAAUCGUCAGCCAUCAUCGAAUACAGACCCGGCCCUUCUAUCCAGGUCUGACGGGCUCGAGGAUUGGAUAUGAUGUCCUUGUUACAUGAAUCAAUG